AUGCGCCAUUUGAGGAGCACUCAUCCUGCCAUUUUGCAGUGUGCAGAGGAUGGCAGACAGAGGGAAUUGGAUGAGGCUCUUGUAGACGUGGUGGUAAAGGAUUUGCAGCCCUUCACUAUCGUGGAGGAUGAGGGUUUCAUGGCUUUUGUGAACAAACUUGAUCCAAGCUAUGUCCUCCCAUCCCGGAAGGCACUUAAAACGAUGGUAACCGAAAGGUACAACAUUUCUAAGGAGAAGACAAUGGAGGACCUAAAAAAGGCAGAUUUUGUUAGCCUUACAGCUGACAUGUGGUCCUCCAUUAAUAUGGACGGAUACCUUGGUGUUACUUGCCUCUACAUAACACCAGAGGCAAAGCUGGCAACUGUUGUACUGGGUGUAAGGAGGUUUUACCAAACACACACAGCCCAGCAUCUCAUGGAGGCUAAAGCUUUGCUAAUGGCCGAGUGGGGAAUAACCACCAAAGUUCAGUGUAUGGUGACUGAUAAUGCAUCCAACAUGAUCUUAAGUGCCCAGCUACUGAACAUUCGGCAUGUCCCAUGUUUUGCCCACAAUUUAAAUUUAAUUGUAAAAAAGGCCCUAGAUCAAACCCCACUCAUCAAUGAAAUACGACAGAAAGCCAGAAAGAUAGUGGGGUUAUUUAGAUCCAGCUGCAAAGCAAAGGACAAGCUUGUGGAGAUGCAGGGCUUGAUGGGCAGACCAGCUCUGAAACUGAUGCAGGAGGUGGACACAAGAUGGAACAGCACUUACGACAUGUUGCAGCGCUUGUAUGAGCAACGAAAGCCAGUGGGUGCAGCGCUAUCAAAUUUAAACAGUGAUACUGCUCCGCUGACAAGUUUUGAGUAUAACAUUAUACAAGAAUCAUUGUCACUACUGCAGCCUUUCAAACUCGCAACGACAGAGUUGUCAGAGGAACAGAGAGUGUCUGCUUCAAAGCUCAUACCACUUUACAGGAUGUUGCAGCACAAGCUAUCGCAGAAAAAAGGCCAAUCAGCACAGGAAUCAACUGCACAAUUAGGCACACACCUGCAAGAAGGUCUGCACUCAAGAUGUGGUGGGUACGAGUCAUUCAGAGCCUUGGCUCUGGCUACACUGCUGGACCCAAGGUUCAAAAAUGUGGGUUUUGGAAAUCCUGCCAAAGCCCAGGAGGCUUCACUGGAGUGUGCUUCGCUGAUGCGUUCAAACACAGCAACUCCUGAUCCCAAACACUGCCACAGUCAUCACAAAGUCCAGAGAUGA